AUGAUAAAUUUUGUUCCCAGUAGCAUCGCUUGGCCUUCCAAGAAGCUCCUGCCGUGUAAGAAAAAGAGAAGCCACAAAUGCAUGUUCUAUGAGCCAGAAAAGGCACGAAUCAACCACGGCUGCGACAAUAGCGUCUGUUUAUGUCUAGCACUGGAUAGGAAUGCUGAUGGGCCAAUUGGUGUUGCACCAGUAAAACAACCAGGAUUCAUCAUAAAGUAUCCACUCUACAAGGAAUCUCAGCACAACGGUACGGUUAUUGUUGCUUAA